GGCUGAUGGUGAGUCAGGCAAGGCGGCCAGCACAAAUUAAACUGCGCCACAUCCGUACUCUCCGCUCUGCGGUUUUAAGAGCGUGUACGUAGUCUAAUCAUGUGCAAGCGACAAAUGCUCAUUAGUGAUUUUUCCUGGAGAUUAAGGGGACGCGUAUAGCUAGUCAGAAUCUGCUAAGCUGCGCAUGUUUUGUACCGAAGCUCCACAGACUUGAGCUUGCCCCCCCACUCAACGCUAAGGGAUUUCUGAGGCACAAUGGCCCCAAGGAACGACUUUGGGCCACCUGUUCACAUGGAGGUGACCAAAGAUCUGCCGUCUCCUACAGCUCAGGACGGGAAAGCGCCUCCUACUCAGAUUGUGUGGAGGAACGUGGUGAUCAUGAGCCUCCUACACAUGGGCGCCAUUUUCGGACUGUUCCUGUUGCCUUCUGCACACCCCUACACACUCAUGUGGGUGAUGAAAUGUCUGUGCUCUCCAGCCGUGAUCUGUUACUCCCUGUCUGCCCUGGGUGUGACGGCAGGCGCACACCGGCUCUGGGCACACCGGUCCUACAAGGCCAGGCUGCCGCUCAGGAUAUUCCUCGCCAUCAUCAACUGUAUGAGUCUACAGAACGAUAUCUAUGACUGGUCACGUGACCACCGUGUUCAUCACAAAUACUCGGAGACUCCUGCCGACCCCCACAAUGCAAAGCGAGGCUUCUUCUUUGCACACAUUGGUUGGCUGUUGGUACGGAAGCACCCAGAUGUCAUCACCAAGGGGAAACAGAUUGACCUGACCGAUGUGCUGAAUGACCCUGUGGUAAAAGUACAGAGAAAACUGUACGCACCUGCAGCUGUGCUGAUGUGCUUCAUCAUCCCCACCCUGGUGCCGAGCCUCUGGGGAGAAAGCCUUGUAACUGCGUUCUUCAUCAGCGUCUUGCGGUAUGUCCUGGCACUGAACGCCACCUGGUUGGUGAACAGCGCGGCACACAUGUGGGGCAACAAGCCGUACGACAAGUUCAUCAAUCCCUCGCAAAACUUUCCAGUCGCCGUUCUAGCUAUGGGAGAGGGCUGGCACAACUACCACCACACUUUCCCUUACGACUACGCCACCAGUGAGCUGGGCUGGAAAGUCAACCCCACCACAGUCUUCAUCGACUUCAUGGCGCGGCUCGGCCUGGCGUAUGAUCGCAAAAAAGUGUCCCCUAACGUCAUCCGUGCCAGGGUGUCUAGGACUGGGGACGGAACAUGGGAGAAGUCGGCACAGUCCAUCGAUUAGCUAGCAUCCUAAUGGCAAUGCACUGUGCACGUGUACAUGUACAUAACAUUAUAACAAUUGUCCUUUUGGUUAUGCUUGAAAUUCUAAAUAUUGUCCAUGAGCAAUCCAGGUGAUAACUUUUUUAUCUGGUUCAUACUUAUGCCUCGCCACUGUGGCAUGUCUCUAUCCAUUAGAUAAAUUAUAAACUUAGAACUCAUUUAGAGUAUGGCUUGCAAAAUCAUCCUUGGGCCCCUGUAACUCUAGACAGUUAUUAUCACAUGCUUAUUAUACUAUAGGCAUCUCGAGCAUUGUAUGGGGUUUUUCAUCAAGGUUUACCAUUAUUUCAUUCGCAACUUAUCUCUGGUCUGUCAACAAAAACUUCACACACAAAAAAUAGACUUAUUAUUUAUGGUGAGUUCACAUCACUUUGUUAAUCAUUGCAAUGUAGAUAGAGCAACAAUCUUAAACCUGACAUCACUGAAUUACUCUUGAACACACAGAUUAUUUAGUAUUAGGUAUACUGAAUAAAGAUUCUUCAUUUUUGUUCUUUCACAAUUCUUCUUUGACUUUAAAAUUUUCUUUCAAAUUGCCAUUCUAUGACAUCAGUAACCAUUUUCUGAUAUUCAUUUUUCAAUCAACGGCAUAUAUGUGCUCAUUUUAAAGCAGCUCUGUACAAUUUAUACUAUUGUCAAAUACAAUUUUUAGAUGACUGAGAAUUGAUGUGUGCGCAGAUGUCAUCCAUAAUUAAAUCAA